AUGGCUUCGUCGCACCAUAUCAUCCUUUUACUGACCGUUUUCUAUUUCUGCCCAGCGCUUUCUGCAGACGAAGGGCCGAGACGUCUGGAAGCGCGAGUGAAUUCUCUCGGGAAUGGCUUCAUUUCCAUCACGUAUUCGUGGGAGAGGGGUUCAUGCUCGACAGAAGGUACGGAAUACACCUUGCUCCUGCUUGGAAUGGAAGCACCGCUGACAACUCGAAAUUCGACUAUCGACAUCGACGGUCUGGAGUUCUGGACCCACUAUACGGUUUCGUUGAGGGCUAGCGCGCCUUGUCCUCAAACUUGGUUGAAUCUUACAACAUACACCGGACCUGGAGAGCCGCAUAAGAUUAAAAAGCUGAUCGCUGCCCCGAACGGCGAUGAGCUGCAACUGCUUGUGGAGGAGGCGUCCAUGCCUAAGGCUGUCACGUCCUACGUGUUGAAUAUCAGCGAUCAGUCACAGACGGAGAUCUCCACGCUCCAUAGAGAGGCGUCGAGGGUCAACGAUGGGGUCUGGAGAAUCACAGUUCUGAGAAAGCUCGUCCCCGGCAUCGUUUACAAGAUUUCUGUCGCUCCCCAAAUUGUGGACAAGGGCAAGUUUUACUCGGGAGAGGAGCUUACGGUGGAUCCGAGGUUCUAUGCAAAAAUAUCUAAUCUGACUGCUCAAUUGUACUACAUGGAACACUUCGAGCCUGGCAAGGGAAUCCGAGCCGAACUUGCUUGGGAGUGCAGCGGAGAUGAUUCCGACUUCGACCAUUUCACUGUCACCAAGGGGAAGACGAACGAAAAGCCGGAUCGACCCAUCAAAACUAAUGCCUACAAACUGUCUCUCAGAGGCUUAGAAUUCAAUUCCUCGUACACGGUGAACGUCGCUGCCGCUUUCCGAGCUCACGGGAAGGAGAUGGUCCACACAAGCGCAAGCAUCACCUUCGAUACCAUUCAAAAACUUCUGCCGCCCACCGAUCUCCAAGUCGCUCACCUGAGUACGAGCGAAGUUCUUUUGGGAUGGAAGGCUGCUGUGCACUUCGAUUCGGGGGUUAGAAUCUCGGAACUCAAGUUCAGAGUUGAAUACCUGACAAAGGGUCGACCCGCGCAAACAGUGAUCGUAGAGGCUCCUCGCGCAAAGCUAACCGGUCUCGAAAGAUCCACAACGUACACGGCCAAGGUCACUGCAACUCUCGAGAAGUGGGUAGAAGCUGACGCGGAGCCUUUCGUCUUUGAAACACGGAGGGAAGAUUGGCCGACCGCGAUUAUCAGAAAAGCUUCAGUUCUGUCGACUGGGGCCGGUGACAAGGCGCUCUACGACUUCGAGUGGGAUCUUCCCGAUACUGAAAAACCUGGUCGGUUCGAAGCCAUCGUCUGUGAUAUCCAGUGCUUCGAACUACCGAUCAGUUCCGGGAAGAAACAUCUUGUAGCUGAGCUGGAUUAUCAUAUAGACUACAACCUGACCGUUCGGACCGUGUACAUCCAGCCCUUGGAUCAGACCAUCUCAAGGCUUUCUCAGCCCUGGAUUGGCAAGAGCACCGUCGGCCGUCCAGACGCAGUCGAUUUCAAGAGAAUCGUGCAGAAUUUCAACUCGCUGAAUCUUGAAUGGGAACCUCCGAAAAAGACGAGGGGUCCGAUAAAUCAUUACCACAUCGAAGUUUGGGAUGCAUUCGAUAGUACCCGCAAGAAGUCUGUCGACUCUUCAGGUCUUCACGCCGCGAUCGCUUUGCCGCCUCUCUCGCGUGGUAUCUAUAAAGUUACUCUUACCGCCGUUUCUGUGGACGACACGACCAACCAAGAAUUCCGCAGCGAAAUAUUAAGUGAAAAUCCACGCGGGAUCGAGCUCUUACCGCCACCCACGAAAAUCGAGACGGUCGAGCGUUCAGAUCACUCGAUCAAGCUCCGAGUCGUGUCUUCAUCCACUUCACCGCUCAUCAAGUACCGAGUUCGAUGGAUCGCGAAUGAGCCCGGUGCCUUGGAAGCUGACCAGUUCGUGCUCGAUCAGCUCGAGCCGUACACUCCCGUCGAUUACAAUGUUAGCGCCUGCUUCUUGGACUCAGCAGAGGAACCACUGUGCGGAGAACCAAUUCCGUUCACCGCAAUGACGAACGUUGGCAGCCCCUUCGCGGUACGCAAUUUCAAGGUUGUGGGGUACGAAAACAAUUCGCUCGAUCUCACGUGGGACGCACCGUUGGCCAAGAAUGGUCCAUUGGACGGGUACAUUAUUGAGCUUGCUGAGAGGAGUAAUCUUCUCUCCACUCAAGUCAACUACACUUCGGAGCCUUCAUCCUCUGCAUAUCUGAUCUCGGACUUGACCAGAGGCUCAUCGUAUGACAUAAGCAUCGCGGCUUACAACAUCGAUCUGGACUCGAAGAGAAUGGUGAUCGGUGAGGUGUCCUAUAUGUCGGUAGACUUCCCGAGAUCCGCUGGUUGGAUCAUACCUGUCGCUGUCUUCGCUCUGCUCACGGCGAUCGGAAGCUCCGCGGGAGGUGUGUACGCGUAUCGGAAGAGGAUUCAAAAAACGAAUGCUCCCGCAGUGACUUACUCAGUUUCCGAUGCCCGAGUCGACACUUGA